AUGGCAGAUGAAGUCGAUCGAAGAUUAAAUGCGGCUUUGGAUGAGGCUAUCGAUGAAUAUUUUGAAGAUAGCUACAAUAACAUUGUGGAGAACCAAACAAAGAAACAAAACAAACGUGCAUACGUCGAACGAAACCGCGAGGAUGGCCAUAACCGUCUAUGGAAAGACUACUUCUGUGAUGAUCCGACAUUUCCGGCUCAUUUAUUCAGACGGCGUUUCCGCAUGAACAAGGAAGUAUUCAUGCGUAUUGUCGAUCGCCUAUCUGAAAAUAUUCCAUUCUUUCAACAAAUAAGGGAUGCUAUCGGAAGGUUAGUUCUAUCUCCGCUACAAAAGUGUACGGCAGCUCUUCGUAUGCUUGCUUAUGGUUGUGCGGCUGACGCUGUUGACGAAUAUCUCCGACUUGGUGAAAGCACAGUACUUUCGUGUUUAAGCAAUUUCACUGAAGGCGUAAUACAGUGGUUUGGAGCUGAGUAUCUACGAAGACCCACCCCAGACGAUCUUCAACGACUACUCGAUAUUGGAGAGAUACGCGGUUUUCCAGGGAUGAUAGGAAGCAUCGACUGUACUUUAAACGAUAUUAACGUCCUCGAUCAGUCUCCUGUUUUUGAUGACAUUUUACAAGGUCGAGCUCCAAGGGUACAGUACGUGGUCAACAGACACCAGUAUGAUUUGGCGUACUACCUCACUGACGACAUAUAUCCGAAAUGGUCAACAUUUAUCCAAUCAAUCUCACUCCCUCAAGGUCCUAAAGCCGAGUUAUUUGCUAAAGUUCAAGAAGCAACCAGAAAAGAUGUGGAACGUGCUUUUGGAGUAUUCCAAGCUCGAUUUGCAAUAGUGAAAAACCCGGCUAUUUUGUGGGACAAGAGACAAAUAGGGACGGUUAUGCGAACUUGUAUCAUACUGCACAAUAUGAUAGUAGAAACUGAACGGGAUGGCUAUACUCAGUUUGAUACAUCUGCGUUUGAAGAAGGAGACUCGAGUAGGAGUUCACAGGUGGAUAUGUCAUAUUCUACCGACAUGCCUUCAAAUCUCGGUAAUAUGCCUGGAGUACGGAAUCAUUUGAGGCAAAUGACAGACUUGGGUCACGUUCUUCAAUUAAUUGACCCUUUUAAUUAG